AUGUCAAUCUACUGUGCGGCCUGUCGAAGUGCUGUAACAUGCAAUGAUGCCGUACAACUUGUUCCUUGCCUUCAUGUGAUCUGCAUCAAAUGCCAACAGAAAACCAGAAAAACGAGCAAGGUUUGUCCUGCGUUGCACUGUUACUCGCCUUUGGUACCUCCAAUGGAUAUCAGAUGGAAUCCUUGCGAAUAUGAACGAUGUCUGAGAAAGCUUGCUAUAGCUGGAGAUGUCUAUCACACAGCUUGUCAACAUGAUCUCUGUGCACAAUGCUUUGACGAUGCUAACAAAAACAACAAUGGCCAAUGUCCAGUUGGAGGAUGUGGAGCGCCUUUGAAUGAAGACGAUGAAUUAGAGCAAUGUGAAGGUCCAUGUCGUGCCAUGUACGAGAUUGACAAAAUGGUUGCGCUCCCGUGCUGUCAAGUCUACAUGUGCCAACCAUGUGCUAAAAAAUGGACGGAAGGCAAAGGCGUCUGUCCGCCUGGCAAAUGUUUGUCGAAAGGUGGCGGAAAAGCUAAAAAAGGAAAAAGGACACCUGUACAUUUCGGUCAUAUUUUUGUUGCAGUUCCAAUCAAGACACCAUGUUCUGGGCUACCUGAUUGUGAAGGUGAAGUGUUGCGAAAUUUCCCCUCAGAAAUGGAAUGUGAACAUGAAGUUUGCAUCAACUGCUUGGCAAAGGUUUUGGAUGAGUGCGAACACAAUAGUGAGUGA